AUGGCCGGAGCUUUCCCCGCCGUUACUUUGCCCACGGUCGUGGAGGAGCUGCUGAGCGAGAUGGCCGCGGCGGUGCGGGAGAGCGCGCGAAUCCCUGAUGAACACCUACUAUCACUGAAGCUUAUCUUCGGUUCAUCAGCCAUUCAGGCUUUGGACCUCGUUGAUCGACAGUCCGUCACCUUAAUCUCAUCACCCAGUGGGAGACGUGUUUACCAGGUACUUGGAAGUUCUGGUAAAACAUACACAUGUUUGGCUUCUUGUCAUUACUGUUCGUGUCCUGCAUUUGCCUUCUCUGUACUACGGAAGAGUGACAGCCUACUGUGCAAGCAUCUCCUGGCAGUUUAUCUUAGUCAGGUUGUGAGAACCUGUCAGGAACUAAGUGUCUCUGACAAGCAGUUAACUGACAUAUUGAUGGAGAAGAAACAAGAUUCAUAAAAGUUGAGAUUGAGCAUCAUCUAUCAAAAUCGAAAUCCCAUCAAGAAAUGUAAUCUAUAUGUUUAAUAAAAGGUUGUUUCAGACAGAGGUAAAAAAAAAUAUAAUCAUAGUUCACUUGGAAGAGUGAAAACAGGUCUUCAGGAAACUUCUUGUUAGCUGUCCCUUUUCUUUCCUGAUUGCUGAAAGUAUUGUAAACUGGAACCAGACUGUGCUGUAUGCUCUUUAGCUCUGUGCAAGUCUUUUCUUGAAAUAUAUGAGUCAAAUAUAAA